GUGACCGGCCGUCGCCCAGGUGGUGUCGAAAGCGUCCUGGAGAAACUGUUAGCGCCUCAGCGACUACAGGCACCUGGAAGUGAGAUGUAAACAGUCUUCCGAGUGAGUUAUCCAUUUGAUUUUAGUGGAGAGAGAGAAGACGUUGAGCUACCCCCAAUUGUCCUGGUCCAACAUGGAGAGCUUGCUAUUUAAAGAGGCCAGCUGACAUGGCUAACGGACAAUUAGCGUGUAGCUUGUGGUAAAAACUUUGACGGCUAACUCGGUUUACUACUACAAUACCGUCUAGCGAGGUAACAGUUGUUCUCGUCGAUGUCACUAUGCUACGGAUGGGACAGUGUGUGUCUAUAAAUGCACUGUUUUGAACUUACGUGACUUAUUUAGUACCGUUUUCAGUAAUGACCACUGCUCCACAGCUAAUGCUAACGAUAGCAAUUUAAACUGCAGCCAAGACACUGAAAACUGUUAAUCUUUCCCUCAAAUUAUAGAGACGUGGACGGAAUCCGCUCCAGAGCAGAAGGAGCCUGAAUAGCAACACAUCUUUGUGCUGAUUGAUUCCGCCCGCUGGCAAGAGAUAAAUAAGAUCAAUAAAUACUAAUAAUGCCAAACAGCCAGGAUGUCACUGGCAUGGGGAUUAACAUCAGGACAACAGCACUGGCUCUGAAAUACAUCUUUACAAUCCUUCCCAUAAUCCUUGUGAUAUUUGCACUGCCGCCACAAUAGAGUUUUUUUUUUAAAACAUUGAUUUUGUUGUGUAAUGUAUUUUGAGUCAAACAAUUGUCAUUAGAGUUGAUUAUAUUCAGCCUAUCAAGGCAAUAGUAUUCUUUUCGCUGAAGCUAUGGCUGGGGACACAUCUGAUAGUAGUGAUGACUCUGAUGCAAAAACCAAUGAGAAGGCCUGCACUGUCGAGCAUCAAAUCACCAAUGCUAACCUCACAGGUCACACUGAACGGGUUGGCAUGGAAAACUUUGAGCUGCUCAAGGUUUUGGGCACAGGAGCUUAUGGGAAAGUGUUUUUGGUCAGGAAGAACAGUGGUCAUGAUGCUGGGCAGCUUUAUGCUAUGAAGGUUUUAAAGAAAGCAGCGAUUGUUCAGAAAGCAAAGACAACAGAACAUACUCGCACAGAGAGGCAGGUGCUGGAGCACAUCCGCCAGUCUCCCUUCCUGGUCACGCUUCACUAUGCCUUUCAGACUCAGAGCAAACUACACCUUAUACUGGACUACGUGAGUGGUGGGGAGAUGUUUACUCAUUUGUACCAGCGGGAUCACUUUUCAGAGGAGGCAGUGCGGAUUUAUAUUGGAGAAAUAAUUCUUGCUCUGGAGCACCUGCACACGCUUGGGAUUGUGUAUCGAGACAUCAAAUUAGAAAAUAUACUUCUAGACAGUGAAGGCCACGUGGUAUUAACAGAUUUUGGGCUCAGCAAAGAGUUUCUGCAAGAAGAGAAGGAAAGAACGUACUCUUUCUGUGGCACCAUUGAAUACAUGGCUCCUGAAAUCAUCCGGGGAAAGUCUGGGCAUGGCAAGUCAGUAGAUUGGUGGAGCCUUGGGAUCCUGAUGUUUGAACUGCUGACGGGAGCUUCUCCUUUUACCUUGGAGGGGGAGAGGAACUCCCAAAGCGAGGUGUCAAAGCGUAUUUUACGCUGUGAUCCACCUUUCCCGUCUAUGAUUGGAUCUGUUGCUCAGGACAUGCUGAAGAAGUUGUUGGUGAAAGAUCCUCAUAAGAGGCUGGGCUCCGGACCACGGGGGGCUAAGGAUAUCAAAGCUCAUCGUUUUUUCAAGGGACUGAACUGGGACGACCUAGCACAGAAGAAGUUACCAAGCCCGUUCAAACCAGAGCUAAAGAGCGAGCUCGAUGUGGGCAACUUUGCUGAGGAGUUUACGGGGAUGGAUCCCGUCUACUCUCCGGCGAGCACGCCUCCAAGCACAGACCGCCUGUUCAAGGGUUACUCGUUUAUCGCCCCUUCCAUCUUGUUCAAUAAGAACGCUGUCAUGGGGGACUUGGUAGAAUCUCAAGUUGGAGCUGACCGACCGGCCUCUGCUUCUGUCCAGCGGAGUGCAAUUUUAGAGGAGUCCCAGUUUUUCCAGCACUAUGAGCUGAACCUUCAGGGACCGCCAUUAGGUGAGGGGAGUUUUUCUGUGUGCAGGAAAUGCAGACAUAAGCAAAGUGGCCACGAAUAUGCUGUCAAGAUCGUCAGCCGCAGAAUGGAAGCAAAUACUCAGAGAGAGAUAGCCGCCUUAAGGCAAUGCGAGACUCACCCCAACAUCGUCAAGCUGUUUGAUGUCUACACUGAUCAGUACCACACUUACUUAGUGAUGGAGCUUCUGCAAGGUGGGGAGCUACUGGAGAGGAUCAAGAGGAAGAAACUCUUUGGCGAGGCUGAGGCCAGUCAGCUUUUACAAAGCCUGGUCUCUGCUGUCAGCUUCAUGCAUGAGGCUGGAGUUGUGCACAGAGAUCUCAAACCCGAGAAUGUGCUGUUUGCAGAUGAGGGCGAGGACUCUGUGCUGAAAGUAAUAGACUUUGGAUUUGCUCGCCUGUGCCCUGCAGGCAGCGCCCCCCUCCAGACUCCAUGCUUCACGCUGCAGUACGCUGCACCAGAGCUUUUUGAGAGUGCAGGAUAUGACAAAUCCUGUGAUCUCUGGAGUCUAGGGGUCAUCUUGUACACGAUGCUGUCUGGCCAAGUGCCGUUUCAGAGUGAGCAGCGGGGGAUGACCUCGUCAUAUGCUGCAGACAUCAUGCAGAAAAUAAAAGAGGGGGAUUUCUCAUUGGAUGGAGAUCACUGGAAGAGCGUAUCAGAAGAUGCCAAAGAGCUCGUCAAAGGCCUCCUGACAGUGGAUCCAGAGAUGCGUCUAAAGCUCUCAGAUCUGAAGGAAAACAGCUGGCUGCAGGGUGGAGCGGUUAUGUCAACCACUCCUCUGUGCACGCCCGAUGUGUUAGAGUCCAGUGGACCGACCGUCCGCACAUUUGUCAAUGCUACAUACAAGGCUUUCAACCGUGGUAAGAGAGAAGGCUUUUUUCUGAAAAGCGUCGACAACGCUCCCUUGGCAAAACGACGAAAGCUGAAGAUGACAAGCACAGGAGUGGAGACCCGCUGGAGUUCUUCCUCCUCCUCGUCCUCUUCUUCCACUUCCUCCGUGGCCUCUGCAACGGCAUCCAAAGACCAGCCAAAGCAAACUGUGACUCCAAAUCCGAGCAAGGCAAAAUGAGAGGUAGAACAACACAGAAAGAAAGUGGUAUACUGGCAACUUAAUGCCCUCCAGUGGUUUGUUUAAAAAAAAAGAAGGAAAAAAACAGACUGUUCAACACUGGUUUCAGUGAAUCAAAUGUUUUAAAUGCAAAACUAACUUCAUUAACAGCCAAAAGUCUUCUACCGUUCUUCUAUUUUCUUCUCAAACCAAACAAGUAUUAUCCUUGAGUGAAGAAGAUGUGGCCUUCAGAAAAGUUAAAUUAUGGGUCAGUAUUUGCUCAGCAUAAUUCGUUUUCUUUCACUGUGGCUACAAUACAGUGCCUGGCUGUAUAGGUAAAAGGGAAAAAGGAGCCAUUCAAGAGCAGAAGCCAUACAUGCAGCAAAGGUGGUUAAUACAAGAAUAUGAAGGACAUAUGUACAUGUCCUUCCACUAAUUUGUUUUAUCUCAUUGUAAUAGCUAUUCAUUUUUAACUCUUGUCAGACAUGUGAAUAUUUGGGAAAAAACCUCAUAAGUCUAUCCACAAGUGCGGUGCCAUAUGUUGGUACGCUGCUCAGUACAGAAAGUAGUUUUGUAAGAAUAUAGAUUUUUUCCAAAGUCAAUUUUGAAUACAAAUUUAGUUGUUUGCAGUAUAAGUGGAGAAUCUAAAUGAGCAGUUUAUGCUUAAAAACAAAGUGCUGCAACAGCUGAGCACGGAGGGAAAUGUGUUUGUGAUGCGUGUGUAAGCUUGGAGAUUGCAUAGGAUGAAUAAUACUCUUUCGGAAACUUUCUGUUGGAUGCAGUUUGAACAGACUGGUGAUUUUCAAUCCAAAGGGUGCUGCACCUCCAGUACACUACCAACUCUAAGGAUCAUAUUUAACUCUUUGUAGAACUUGUUUCACGGAUCACUCAGCUCCGUCAAAGUGAUUUGAUACACAGUUAACAAGUAAGCUGCGGUUGUAAGUGUCCAACAGUAGCUCCUGUAUAAAAACAUAAAGACGAGGAACAAGGAUGAGGUUGACAACUCUUUAUCAUUGUGCCAGGGUGAAAAUUCCUAGCAAAUUUAUUGGAGAUUUUCUAUAUUUUGGUAUCUGUGACAGAUGGGAGUGAUCACUGGUUUUUAAAUGCUUGCAAGUGCAGCGUCAGUGUUUGCAUGUAAUUGGAAGCAAAACAACUUGGUUAUUUGGAUCACACACUGCCUUGAACUUGUAUAUUUUUUUAAACAGUACUUGUCUUGUGUUCGGGCCUCCGACUGGAGCCAUAUGGGACUCCAGAGAUACAAUCUGAUUUGAUGAAGUGAAAUGCUGUUGCCUAACAGCUGAGCUCUACUUGUUUCUAACUGGCCUGGCUUUUAUUGUCUUUUCUUUCAUUCUUUCUUUCUUCUCUCUCCCUUUCUCUCUCUCUCUCUCUCUCUCUUACCAAGGUGAUUUAAAAAAAAAAAGACUGUAUAGCUUUGAAGCUCAAAAUAUGUCACAGAAUGAGACACUUAAUUGUGACUUUGGGAGAUCGUCCUGUGAAAGAAAUGUACAUACAAAUCAUGAUUUUUAAGCAAAAAAUAAUGUAUGAAAUGGUUUAAGAUUCGAGCGCUGUUUUAUGGUAUAUUAGUCUCUUAUUGUCAUGUUUUUAUUGGACUUUUUUUUUUUUUCUUAAUUGUUGAUCAGUUAGACAUUACAGCUUUAAAGGUGCUUUCACUGGUAUUUAUUACAUGUCAUUGAUUUUAAUGCUGUGGUAAUGGGAUUAGUAUAAUUUGGCUCUUGGUGCGUGCGUGUGUGCGUGAGUGUGUGUGUGUGUGUGUGUGUGUGAUCUUGAGUGAUGCUUGGAGAUUGAUUGUACAGAUAUUUCUGUACCAGAUGAAGCAUUGUUACAGAUUACUGUAUUUUCUAUUGUGCUUUGCCAACAUUGUCUUUUUAAAAGUAACUGGUUGUCUGUGUUUGAACUUCGAUAUUUUUACUUAACUGCCUUUAUUUGGUAUUGAUAUUCUUUUGUUAUUGUAGGUGAUAUUUUUUAUCUUCCUUAAUUUUCAGCAUUACUGUUUCACUGAGAUGCACUGUCACUGAUGUAACUGGGAAUUUAUCUUUUGCACCAUAUUAUUAUUAUUUUCUUUUUUUGAUUGGCGCAAAAUAAACAAUACUUUUA